AUGGCUAUGAACUAUAGCGUUAUAUUCCUUUCAUUUUGCUUGGCAUCUAUUAUCUCACAAGGGCUAGCCCGGAGAUCAACAUCCAUUCAUCCUCCCAAACCUUCAAAGGCAUCAUACCUUCAUCCUCCCAAACCUUCAAAGGCCUCGUACCUACAGUGUUGGGCAGCGUUAUAUGAUCUUGAGGCAUGUUAUACUGAAUUUUUACGGGCUGCACAAAAUUUCAGAAUUGAUACCGGCAUUGGACCAACUUGUUGCAGAGCUGGGGAACGCAUGAAUGCUGGGUGUUGGCCAGCAUUAUUUCCUUUCAAUCCGUAUUUUCCCAUACAACUUAAACUGUAUUGUUUCCGUUAUUGGGUCCCAAAUCCUCAAAAACCAUCGGUGGCUUCUCCUCCACCUGUGGUUGCACCAACACCAGAACCAAGCGCAGAUAUACCCAUUGAUGAAGGUCGAGUCGCUCUACCGCUAUUUGCACCAUCAUCAAGUAUCAAGGGACCUUUUAUGAAGACACCAAAUUGAACGACAAAUACAUUCCUUUUAAUUACAAAAUGAAGA